UACAAUCAUUGGUAAACCGGAAGUCAAGUGACCGACGUGAAAACAGAGGAUCGAAAAUGUUGGUGCUAGUGCUAGGUGAUCUCCAUAUACCUCACAGAUGUAACAGUUUACCACAGAAGUUCAAGAAAUUGCUGGUCCCUGGUAAGAUACAGCACAUCUUGUGUACCGGUAACCUGUGUACUAAAGAAUCCUUCGACUAUCUCAAGACAUUAGCAAGUGAUGUGCAUGUGGUCAGAGGGGACUUUGAUGAGAACCUCAACUACCCUGAGCAGAAAGUGGUGACAGUGGGUCAGUUCCGCAUAGGCUUGUGCCAUGGUCACCAAGUUGUGCCAUGGGGUGACACAGAUAGCUUGGCUAUGAUUCAGAGACAGUUAGAUGUAGACAUUCUCAUCUCUGGACACACCCAUAAAUUUGAAGCGUUUGAGCAUGAAUCCAAAUUUUACAUUAAUCCAGGAUCGGCAACAGGGGCAUAUAGUGCUUUGGACAGUGGAGUGACUCCAUCAUUCUGUCUACUGGACAUUCAACAGUCCACAGUCGUGGCUUAUGUGUACCAACUGAUUGGAGAGGAAGUCAAGGUGGAAAGGAUAGAAUACAAGAAAAAUUAAUGGAGAAAAAAACGUGUAAUCAUGUAAAGAAGUGGAAAUAUAGACAUUUACAAAGAUAUUCCUUGUGGAUAUUAUCAUGAAUACGUUGUUAUGAGUUCUUGAUGUUUUAGAAAUAAAAGCAAGGAGAGUAGCAAACAUGUUGUGCAAUGGUUGAAUGGGGAUGUCAAAGAACAUGUCAUUUGUUACAUCAGAUGUUUUGUUACAUUGGUGUCCUUCACAGAUAUGUUGAUGAUCUAAAGGGGGGUAUGAGAAUUGUCAGUUUAUUCCCAAUUUUCUCAUUUACUGUGGAGAAUGCUAAAGCUUGAAAAACUGAGCUGAAUUUUAAUUAAAAAAUUUUCUGCAAGAUCAUUAAGUAAGCCUGUUAUUGUAAAUGAUCAAGAGUAAGGUAGACAUUAACUGAGAUGUAUGUUAUCAGUGAGGUUGCUUUGUCCAUUAUGUCACGUUUUUUCACUAAGAAGCUAUACUAGGUCAAUUCUUGCAAUGAUCAAUAUUUAUAUAAAUGUAUUUAGAUUUGCAUAACUGUAAUUGGAACAGAUGACAUUCCUGAGAUAACCAAAUGCCAUGUGCAAAUUAAAAGUUUAAGAGCCUUUCUGGCAGUGUUGUACAUAUAUUUAUAUCAACAGUAUCUUUUAUGUUAAGGUAUCUGUACAGUCCUCUUGUAUAGUAACCAAUACUUUUUAGAAUAGGUUUAUUUUCUUUUUGAAGACCCAGAUAUAAGGAACUGAUCAAUUGUUACAUGAAUGAUGAAAGAUGUUUCAUAAAUUUCUUUUAAAAGAGAACAUUUUGGAUUUACGCAAACAAUUUCAAAAUAUUAAUGCCAAUUUGAGUCUACAACAGUUCUUUUUUUACUUUCUAAAUCUUUUAUGCCAAGAAAACUUUAAAUGUUAGGGUAGAUCUCAUCUUAAUUAGCAGGUAAGAUUAUUAUGAGAUAUUGUAGUUUGUAUUGU